GGUUGGUUGUGCUAGGGAUCAACUGGGAAAGGUUCAUCAGCCCCACAGUAGCGUGUUGACCAGUCAGCAAGUGUACUUUAGUCCUGAACAUUGCUCAGGACCAAAGCAAACUCUCAGUGAACACAUGUUCACCGAGAAGCUAGUACACCUGCCAGUGUGUUGACACUGGGUGAGUGAACACGCCUCCCAGGAGUCCUGUCUGUAGCCUGAGGUGGAAGGCUACAAAAGAAAGAUUUCUGCUACCUGGUGACAUGGCGAUGAAUAUUGAUGACAUUUUGAAGGAGAUAGGGGACUUUGGGCCUUAUCAGAGACGUAUUUACUUUCUGUUGUGUCUUCCAAUAAUAUUUGUUGGCGCAGGGAAUCUAGCUUAUGUGUUUAUUGCUGCAACCCCACAAUAUAGAUGUCUGGUACCUAAAUGUGAUUGCAACAGCACCAGCCCAGUCUAUAAUGAGACCUUUGUUAACUUCACCAUUCCAUACAUCAAUGCAUCUGCAAGCUAUGAUGAAUGCCACCGAUAUCAGCGAUUAGAUGAUGAGGAUUCAUGUUUACCUGAAGAUUACAGUACAAUAAAUAUUACUGACUGCCCUGAAGGACAAAUAUUUGCAGAUGAUAUCUAUAUUUCAACUCUUGUCACAGAGUUUAACCUGACUUGUCACCAUGCAUGGAAAUCCCAGAUGGCUCAGACGGUGUACUUUGCUGGUGUUUUAGUUGGGGCAUUUUCCUUUGGCCUAGUGGCUGACCUGAUUGGACGCAAGCCGACUAUUAUGAUUGGACUCAUCGGUAUGGCAUCAUCUGGAAUAAUCAUAGCACUUGUUACGGGUUUGAGAGCAUUCAAUGUAGUGCGCUUUUUUAAUGCCAUGGUGACAACUGCAGUAUUUCAAACUGCUUUUGUUUUAGGAAUGGAAUUUGUGGGUCCAAGUAAACGGGUGAUGUGUGGAAUUAUUGGGGAGUAUUUCUUCGCACUUGGGGAAGUGCUACUCGGGCUGAUAGCCUGGUGGCUGAAGGACUGGCGAAUGAUACAGCUCAUCAUAUCUGCCCCGGUAUCCUGCUUUGUUUUUUACUGGUGGUUCAUUCCAGAAUCGCCAAGGUGGUUACACGCUCAAGGCAGGGAUCAAAAAGUUGCUGCUCUUCUUGAGAAGGCUGCAAAGGGAAAUGGCAGAAGAAUCCCUCCUCACAUGCUGAGAAAUGACAGCAGUGAGAAUGCUGAUAAUGAUGAACCGGAUGUGAAAAUUAUUAAUGUAGUCACCUUGCUGGAUAUUUUGAAAACUCCUCUCCUCUGCUGCAGAAUGUUCUCCAUGUUCUUCAUCUGGAUUGUCACCACCCUUGUGUACUACGGACUGAGCAUCAACUCGACUAAGCUAAGCUCCAGUAACACCACUUCUUCACCGUAUGUGGACUUCAUAUUCAGCGCCCUUGUGGAGUUGCCAGGCUAUACAUUAGCAUGGAUGGGCAUGAGUUUGUGGGGAAGAAGAGGAUCUUUGGCACUCUCGUUAAUACUAGCAGGCAUAUCAUGUGCUGGAGCAGGGUUUGCCUCUGAGUACAACAAAAAGUAUGUUUUGAUACCUGCCCUUUUUGGCAAGUGUUUCAUCACAUGCGCAUUUGGCAUCAUAUAUGUAUUUGCCUCGGAGAUGUUCCCAACUAGCGUCCGUGGCACCAUAUUAGGGCUGUGCUCCACAUUUGCCCGAAUUGGUGCUAUGUUGGCUCCCUUCUCCAGUGACCUGGAAGAGAUAUAUAUCCCUCUGCCCAUGAUUGUCUUUGGAGUGCUUUCAUUUGUGGCAGGGUUAUUGAAUGUUGUUAUGCCAGAGACUCUACACACCAUACUCCCUGACAGUGUGGCAGAUGCCCUCCAUUUCCGAAAGAUAAAGAGUUCAGCAGUCCAAGACUCAGGGACAACAGAGGAAGAACAGAAUCUUCUGAAUGAUAAUGAAAGCCAAGAUCAUGGAGAACAAGUAGAUGGUUAUGGCAGUGUUGAAGUACUAAAUGAAAAUUCUGUUGAGGAAUAGAGGAAGGGAAUUAUCAGGAGUAAGUGCCAAGCCAUCACGACUAUAUAGCACUUGGAAAAGAUAAGGAUAAGGAUUUGGGAUGGGAUGGGGGAAAGGGAUGGUGCCCAACCACUUGGGGAUUGAAUGCUGACCUGCAUGAAGUGAGACCAGCACUCUACCGUCCAGCCCAAGUGGUUGGGCGUUUGCAAUGAAGAUAUCCUAGCUUUCAUAAUAAUGAUAACUGAAUACAAUACUGUAGUUUGAAAAAUAAUGAAUAUUUAACAUUGUGCAAUAUCAUUUUGGAAUUUGUUGGGUUUGAGGUACUCCAUGUGGGGCUAAAAUAUAUUAUAUUAUGAUGAAAUCAUAGAAAUUACAGUAUACACAAUUAUUCCUCACAAUGUAGUGAGGAAAGUCUUCCUUCUCAUCAGUAUUAGAAUUUAUAUAAAUGAAUAUAUGUUCUCACCUGUGUCUUAAGGGUUUUGAGCGCCAGGUUUUGGGACCAAUUUCUUCGCUACCAGGUGCUUUGCAAUAAUUCCUAACUGAUUUUCUAGUGCUAUAUUGUGCCUGCUUCUACCCUUUUACUUCCCGAAGCAAAUUUUGUUCAAUACCACUUUCUUCUCAUUUAUGGUUUAAUCUGACUUUGAUCCAUUGCAUUAAAAUUAACUUUCAGUAAAUGGUACCUUAUUCAAGUAUCUUUGCUGACUUGAAAUUCACAUAAAGCUUGCCUGUGACACCUUAUUUAGCAAAUGUCUUGUCUUUCCAAGUUUACUGGUGUUAGGUAUAGCAUAAUUUAUUUUUAAAUGCUGUAUUACUGUGUGUAGUUUCUGGCAGGGGCCUCUUCAGUAGCUCCCUAAGCAAAUCGCUAGUCAAGCCAAGCCUUAGGGAAAUGCACUAUGCCCCUGAGACCCACCCUUGCUUGCUUGCUUGCUUGGAGGCCAUGACCAAAAUCUAGCUCUAUAUGAAGCAGGGAAAGCUUUGGGAUUAGGGACCAGCCCAAAUGUUAAGAAAACACUAUAAAGCAUAAGUGAAACAAAGUCUAUUGUUGAAAAAAAAUUUAAGUGUCCUUAGAUAAUAAGGCAAAUGAUUAUUUUCAUGGUGUAAACACCCUUGCCAUUGUUUCUAACUACCACCAGGUGCAGUCCAGGUCACUCGGCCCCUGGCAACCCACCACUUUCCUGAUCACAGCCUCUGAGGCACAGAAUCUUGAAUGGGACUCAUCCUCUGCUUCAUUCAUAAGUGUAGACUAUCCUUGAAAUGUUAGUUCUGUCAGGGCCAUUGCUGUGUUAUUGUUAUAUUUCUCCUCAACAAUUGUGUUUUAUGCCACCCACAUUGUGUGCCCAGACUUUGUAUUUUGCCCUACCUGUAGGCAAGGGUUCCAUUCCUUGGUAGUUGGCUUGUAUUUCACUUGCCCUACCUGCUCUGAGGAGUUGGGGUUCCCUCCUAUAUAAGCUGAAUCCUCUUGAGUCACUUCAUUUUAGGGUAGUGCACAGCAUUUGCGGUGUUGCUAUAUUAACUAUUAUUGUGCCUAACCUAGCUUCUGUGCAUGUUUGGGGCCUUUAAGCUUUUGUGGAAGGUGCCUAUGCCUUUCCCUGCUGAAUGUUUAUGAUUCGGCUUGAGGUUUGUUCAUCAAAGACACUAACCACGUGCACGAGACACUAGCACGUGCCUGGCAUACGUGCUUGUUUGUAUAGACAAUCCGGGUGAUUGGUUUCCCUCAUCCCGGUCUUGUUUGCAUUCUCGAGUGGGGUGUCAUAGCUUACCUAGUUUUCCCAGAGGGGAUCAUGCUUACUGAUUCCUGCGUAAUUUUGUUCUGCCUAUUUUUUCCAGGUUUGGCCCUUCCUCUAUUUUCUUUCUCUUGGUCACCUGUUUUUUGUCGAGGCUGGUGAGUGAGUUUGGGAUUUGCCUGCUGUGGACUCGACUUUUCCCCUCGUGUACCCAGA